GAUACUUACAGGAGUCUGCGGUAUCUAUCCAUUUCUAUCAUCGUAUCAGGAGAGUCUGAGAGAUGAAAGCGAUAAAUAAUACUGAGGGAGAAAUAUCAACAAGUAGAUCUUCGCGACGUUCCCGCUCAAUGGUGCUUGACGUUGCUACAUGCUCGCAUUGCGAGGCAUCCGUAUUGAGCGCACUGAAUGGCGUUUAACACGACGAGCCGUAGCCACCAGGCACUAUGAUGACUCCGAACUUCUACUGAGUGUAAGCCGAGUACUACCGUAGAUAGAGCAAACAGACGCUGUUGCAGAAGUUGCUGCUUCUUCCGGGUAAAAAACGAGAGUCAGAUGCACCAGCAGGAUGUCCAGCCCCAAGCGAAAGGAUAGAAAUAGGUCUCCUGCGACCUCAGGGGGUAAGCCAAGGAGAGGUUCGUCACGAAGUAGUAGUACUACUACAAAUAAAGGAGGAGCCAACAAAAGAGUAUCUACGGACUCAAAUACAACAACUUCAUCCCCAAGGAAAGAAAAUAGCACUAAAGCAGGAGUAGAGCAGGUAGAAACAACACGCAGCAAGGUUGUCAAAGCCGGUAGUUCAGCAGUGUCUUCUUCUUCUAGCAGCAGCACUAACUACACUACCAAGCCCAAGGCGAGUUCAUCCUCCAGUAAAAGCAACAAGAUGUCAAGAAAAGCUGCGACUUAUGCUUGCGUUUUUGCGUGGUUUACGCUCAAUCUGGCACUAGGCCCUCUGAUGAAGUGGAGUUACACAAAUACACAGUUGUGUUUCGGAUAUUCGUGCACAACCUACAACUUUCCGAUCUUCAUAACCGCGGUGCACAUGCUUUGCUGUUUCGUACUCACGGGGCCGAUUGUUGUGCCGAAGAUAAUAGCAGGUCAUGGGGCAAAAGGAACAUCAAGCUCUACCAGUACUACAGCAUCCGCUUCUAUAUUACCGUUGCAACGCCAGCUGCUCGAAGUGGCACCACUAGCGCUCAUGUUUGCAGUUUCAGUCGGGAUGGGCAAUGUGGCGCUGGUUUAUGUCUAUCCAUCGUUCUCGCAGAUGAUAUCGACGACAACGCCUCUGAUUACGAUGGUUAUGCACAUGCUGUUUUCCAACGCAAGAUACAACACGUGGGCGAUGGUUUCGGUACUUUUUCUUCAUGCGACAUUGUUCAGCAGAUUGUGACUGAUCUAGCUACAACGUCUUCCUGCUGGUGAAAUUAAUAAUAAAUAGACAAAUUUCAGAUCAUCACAAGUAUGUAACGUACAUAGCGCCGUUUAACAGCAUGGACUGAAAUCCGCCUUGUGAAGAAGAAACUUACAGUAAGUUUCUUCUUCAUCAAGAUCAACUCCGACGACCGCGACCCGCUUCAUUUCUCUCUUUCCAAGGUCCCAAUCCUCUCCGGUGGCUUUCUCCUCUGUUACCAGAAUGAGGCAAAUUACCACUACAUCGGCGUUGUCUGCUCACUACUCGCAGCUGUCUUUCGAGCUGGAAAAAGCAUCAUUCAAGCGCAAGUCUUAGAGGAUGGGCAGAAGACGAGAAUAGACAGCCUAACGCUUCUGUUUUACAUGGCGCCGUACAUUAUGAGAUGAAGAACUACUUGAUGUAGCACCAGCAAACAAACUUCUGUAAAUUAAUAGAGUAGUUGUCUUUCUCAAAUCCUACAAGCACCACGUGAAAUGCAAACAAAGAGCUCAAGACAUGAAGAAAUGAAGUAAAACAAUGCAUACAACAAGUUGUCUGCAUUGUUUUACUUCAUUUCUUCAAACAUUUGGUAGCGGCCCUUUAAACAUUCGGUAGCCCUUUUACCUCCUGAAAGAAUAGGUACAUCAAUCAAUCAAUCAAUCAAUCAAUCAAUCAAUCAAUCAAUCAAUCAAGAGGGUGCUCUUGUCCAAUGAACUCGACUACCACAAUAACUAGAUCUUACCCCAUCUCUAAUCCGAGCCUAGCUUUCCUUCUCGUGAUUUCCGCAAUGCUGGAGGGAGCUGGUCCAUAUACGAGCUGGUUUCAGAAUGGCGAGGUAAUGACGAAAUUUUCCGAAAUGCGAUGAAGUAGUAGGAAGCAACUGUUUGAUAAACUAAACUGUGCUAUCGCAAUUGUAUUUGUGGUCCUUUGUCAGUCUUCACUCCUUCUCAAAGUUCAUAGCACCUCAGGUAGCCACCGGCGCCGGUGUGGCUGCGUUUGCGGUAGGCAGUUCAGGCGUGAUGGCUUGCGUUCUGAACAUUUCGAAUUUUCUGGUUACUUACUAUACUGGUCCUGUUGUUUUGCAAAUUCUGGGCAAUGUCAAGACCGUCUUUGGGAUCGCUGUUUCUAUACUAGUCUUUGGGAAUAAAGUAGCGCCAGAGCAAUGGCUUGGAGCAUGCAUAUGUGUUUUUGGCUGCAUAAUAUUCCAGCAAAAGGGAGUCAGGACUGACAAGAGGGCGAUUGCGUCAUCACCUUCAACCGAUAGUUCGGUAGAAACGGAACUAAACAAGCCACCUGGAGGGAAAGAGGAUGGAACUACUAGAGAAUACAAGAAAAAGAGAUGACGGCCAUAGUCCUUCAGGCUAAAAACAUGAUGACCACUCCUUUGUCACGUCCAACAUACGACUAAGUACCUUGUUCAUCCUCAUCCCAUUUUGGCGGUUUCCCCGGCCUCAAUCCUCCUUCUCAAUCCCUGUGCCCUCAAAAGAUGACGAUUACGCUAAAUUGGAGUUCUUGUUUUUGCUCUAUUGCGGACUUCAGUCUAUGCUCGGGACAAGAAAGACCGCAUCAGGCAAUUCGUUGCGCCAUCUCUUGAUGCAGUCACUUCUAU